AUGAACUUGCUUAUUGCAUUUUCCCUAUAUAUGAGUCUGGCUCAUUGCACCAGCCAACCUGAACAAGUCAAAGAUACAUUCGAACCUAGCCAUUAUAACAGAGAGGAUGUUAUUACUCGUGAUAUUGUAGUGAUAGGCGGUGGCGCAUCUGGCACAUACGCCGCCAUUAAUCUCCGCAGGCUUGGGCAGAGAGUCGUGCUCGUGGAGAAGGAGGCUCUCCUUGGAGGCCAUACUCGCACGUAUACCAACCCGGCAACCGGGAACACGAUCGACUACGGCGCCCAGGCGUUCUGGAACACAUCGGUAACACGCGAUUACCUUGCAUAUUUGGACGUCCCAGUUACCCAAUACACCGGUGUGCAGCUUACUGACAUGUACGCCGACUUCCAAACCGGGGAGCAAGUUAUUGUUCAUUCCAGCCGCGACUUUACGGCCUAUAUCGAGCAGCUUCGGAAAUACCCAUACCUAAAAUACAGUUGGGAUCUGCCAUAUCCCGUCCCACCGGAUCUUCUAUCUCCAUUCUCGGAGUUCGUUGCUAAAUAUAACUUGAACGAUAUUGGAUACAAUAUCUACUACGGUUCUCAAGGACUAUCGAACAUCCUAGAUCAGCCAACUGUCAAUGUUUUCAAGGAGUUCCACGAGUCACUCACCGACGCCGUAAAAGGAGGAAAUGUCAAAGGCCAUCCAAACAACGGGGAGAUCUACACAAAGGCAUUAGCAUAUCUUGGAAAGGAUAUCCUCUUCUCUUCACGAGUUAUUGCUGCCUACCGGCCAGAGAGCAGCACCGGAGUAAAACUAGUUGUACAGACUCCUUCUGCGUGCAAACUUAUCCUAGCCUCAAAGCUACUCGUUAGCAUACCGCCCCUCUUGGACAACAUGGAGCCAUUCGACCUGACCAAACGGGAAUCCAACCUCUUUUCACGGUGGGAAUACAGCGCUUACUACGUCAUGCUAGUCAGCAACACUGGGCUGCCUUCUGGGUAUCGAUUCCGCAACGCUAAUGCCUGGACGACUUCCAACAUCCCUGAGCUACCCGCGCCCUACCAAGUCACCGAGACCAAUGUACCAGGAAUAUUCCGUGUUUGGUAUGGAAGUCCAUACCCGUUAGAGGAGGCCGUUGUGAAGGCCGAUGUCACGUCCAUAAUACGUCGGCUACAGUCCCUAAUGCACGCAAAUGCUACUACCGUGCCACGCUUCUUGGCUUUUAAUAGUCAUACCCCGUUUGAAUUGGUGGUCCAAUCAGAGGAAAUCAGUAAGUAUUUUUAUCGGGAUCUGAAUGCCCUGCAGGGUUAUCGUAACACUUGGUAUACCGGAGCAGCUGUCAGUUCAUACAAUUCUGCAACAGUGUGGAACUUUACCGCAGCGUUGUUGCCAUCGGUUAUUGCUGCUUGA